AUGGCCGUUAAGGCACUGAUCAGUUUGCUAGGAAUAAUUGGUUUUGCUUUCAUGGAAGCUGGUGUGAUGGGAUCAUCACCACAGUUUCCAUCGAUGUUUGUGUUUGGAGAUUCAUUGGUGGACAAUGGAAACAACAACUAUCUCAAUUCAUUAGCAAAGGCUAAUUAUGUGCCUUAUGGCAUUGAUUUCAAAGAAGGCCCUACAGGGAGGUUCUGUAAUGGUGAAAACCUAGUUGACGUAUUAAAUGAAUUUUUAGGUUUACCACUACUUCCAUCCUUUGCAACAACUUCUUCCGGUAGUACAGCCGGAAAGGAUAUAGUUCAUGGUGUGAACUAUGCUUCUGCUGCUGGUGGGAUUCUUGACGAGAGCGGAUUAAAUUUAGGCGAUCGGUACAGUUUGAGGCGACAAGUGCAGAAUUUUGAGAUCACAUUAACCCAAUUGAAAACCCAAAUGAAUGGCAAUGAAUUGAACCAGUAUUUAGCAAAGUCACUAGUGAUGAUGAUAUUUGGUAGCAAUGACUAUCUAAAUAACUAUCUCUUGCCUUCCAUUUACACCACCAGCCUCACUUACAACCCCAAUGAUUUUGCUGACCUUCUCAUCAACAAAUUCACCCCACAAAUAUUGGCACUGCAUGGUUUUGGAUUUAGGAAGUUUUUUUUGGUAGGAAUUGGUCCUAUUGGUUGCAUGCCAAACCUGAUAGCUACUGGGCUUGCCCCUCCAGGGAAAUGUGUAGAGUUUGUGAACAACUGGGUUCAAAUAUUCAAUGUGAAGCUUAGAGCCCUUGUUGAUCAGCUGAAUAGGAAUCACAGUACUGGCACCAUCUUUGUUUAUGGCAACAGUUAUGGAGCUUUCAGUGACGUAAUUGUCAAUCCUAGUGCCUAUGGGUUUAGAGUUACUGAUAGAGGGUGUUGUGGGAUUGGGAGGAACCAAGGACAGAUAACAUGUCUUCCAUAUUCAUUUCCAUGCUCCAACAGAGACCAAUACAUGUUCUGGGAUGCUUACCAUCCAACACAAGCUUUGAACAGGAUUCUUGCUCAAAGGGCUUAUGCAGGCCCACGAUCUGAUUGCUAUCCUAUCAAUAUCGAACAAAUGGCCCUCCUAUGA